AUGUUUCGAGUUGAUGGGCCGGCCGCCACAGCACCAGCUUGCAACCCCACGGGCAGCAAGGGGAGGAGGACAAGCCAAUCUAUAUGGGCUAUAUGCGGCGCCUGCUAUGAACCGCCACGCAUCGACAACAAAGUCGUGGGCAAGGGGGUCGCAUCGGGCCAUUGCAGGGGCAGAAAAGGUGUUCACUUUGCUGAGCUAUUCAGUGCACUCGGCGGGAAAGCGGUCCUUGUCGUUUUGCUCAUUACAUGUCCUUUGCGGCCCGCCAAGCUUCGUAGCCUGGACCUCAAGGUCAAAAUAGAAAUAGAAACCGCCGGCCGCAAUUUACUGCAAGAGCCUGGGUUCCUGCGGCUGUCUAUAAAAAAGCGAAACGCUGGUUUCAACGGUUAUACUUCUUGUGUUGGCAAACCGGGGGGGGGGAGACGCUCCAAAAGAGACAAGAGGCGCUUGGCAAUUGGCGACUUUUCGGCUGAACUUUUAGACCGAUCCCUGCCCCGAUCCAAGGUUUCGCUGAUCCCCCCCCCCAAAAACACGACAAGCUUUUUGGCCGGUCCGUCCGUCCCGAUAGCACACAUCUCUUUCCCUCCAUCUGUGCUAACUAGUUUUGUUUGUCGAUGGCCAGAGGAGGGUGGCCUGUUUAUCUUUCCCUUUUCCUGGCUCCUAGCCAUCGUUCCGGAGCGUGAUCUCGGUUGGCGCCCAGCAAAUGACGACAUGGAACGAGCGAGUGGUGCGCAACAGAACCACUGCGAAAUGGGCGGCGCCGCGCCAUGGGUCCGACCGUCUGACCUCCACACUGGCACCCCGUGGGCUGCCCACGUUUUCUACUAG